AGUCUCAAAUCUGAAUCUCCCUCUAAAAUAAAGAUGAUGAUAUUGAGAUCGAUGCGGAUGAGGAGAAGGAAAAGGAUGAGAAGGAGAGCCAAUAGAAGCCAGAUUAAGUGCUCCGGUGCACCCAUCUUAGGCCGACGCGGCGACUGUUCGGCGGCCAUCUCAGACAAGCUCACGGCACUCAAAAGCCUAAUACCCAAAUCCAUCCAAACCGCCGGAGAAUCCGUAAAAGGAUCACCAUCAUCAUCAUCAGAGCAGCAGCAGCAGUCGACUUUGUUCCAAGACACGGCCAACUACAUUGUCCUCUUGAAAUCGCAAGUCUUGCUAUUGCAGAGCCUUCUAGACUUUUACGACACCCCUUCCCAACCAAUCGCCGCCGCCGCCGCCGUCGACCUUCAUAAUUAGUAGCUACGUUUGGAAACUAAUUAAGAUCAGGAGAAGACAGGUUUAAAUUUAUGCACUUAUGCUGAGUCUUGCCCAGAUGGGUUUAUAUAUAUAUAUGAUAUAUCCUUUUUCAUUACAGAACCAGACUUUUGAUCUCUCAGUUCAAGCUGAAUUAACUUAUUUGCAAAUAGGCUGAAUCAAACAAAACAAGCACUAGAAAGAUUAAGCUAACAUACAAACAAAACAGUCUAUAUAUAUAAUGUAUAUAACUUUCUGGGUAAGUAUGAGAAAGAUUGUGUCUUUGUUUGUUUUUGUAGUAGUACCAUCAUCAACAUGGAUAACAUCUCAUAUGUUUUCUUUAUUUUCUUAUGCAACUAACUAACUAAUACACACUAGGUGUACUUUCUUUCAAAACAGAAGGCAGGGA